AUGUCGGUCCUCAGACACGGAAGCGCCUUUCUGCAGCGCCGGCUGACGAAGCUGUAUACCGACACAAAAUCAUCCUGUGAGAGCGUUACAACAGCUGCCAGACCGAACGAUGACCCCGAACUUGUCUCUCUCAACCGUCACUUCCGCACUCAAAAGGAUAGGCUCCUCGCGUGGGGCCUUGACUGGAGCGACGCCAGUGCAGCGCAGCCAAACGAUAUCGACGAGGCCCUGGCUGAAGCUGGAUUCAGUGAUGUCGUUGCAAGUGUCAUGUCGUCUAUCCAAAAGCUCCUCAAUGAAGCAGAACGACUACAACAUCCUAACCCUGCAGCUAUAUCAUCGGAUGGAAUAGGGAGCAAGGCUGCUGAUGGAAGUUAUACUACGAGCACACCUGGUGGUGUGAAGACAACUUGGACGGAAGCAGAGAUAUCCCGAUCUAAAGUACUGCUGGAAGAGUUAACAUCCCAUAUUGAUACCCUUUACGACUUGUCAGCAUCUAGGAGGGACAUUAGUAUGGGCAUAAGCUCAAGUAACCCCCAAAGCGAGAAAUAUGCCCACCACCGUGGCCUAUCAAAACAGUCCAAAGAGGCUAAGGAAGCCCUUCGCCCAAAAUUGCCAACUUCGAAAUCUGCCCCCAGCAAAACAACACACCAUCAUGAGAUUGCAUCAACUAAAGCUACUCACGAUAUGCCUGCAGGCAGCCCUUUCAUCAAUAUGCACAUUGAUCACACUAUGACGUUGGGACAUGCGGUAUUCCAACAACAGCAACAACAACAACCAUUCCAUACUCAACCAAAUGAGGAAUUUUUUCUUGAUCGCAACGCUUUGGUCCUUUCUAAAGAGCGUGUCUCACAUGCAACAACCCCCCCACCAUACGAAGCAGUCGCUGCCUCGACUAGCUCAAGAGCAAUGGGAUAUAUAAAUAGAGAUGCAGUUCCUUCUUGCAUAGCUCGAAGCUGUACAAGUGCUUCUGUCCCAGUGAUGGUCGAAUUUUUACCGAUCUUGAUGGAGGCUCAACAAUCCCUCGCUCAACCAUUAAGAGAACGGUUAAAGUCCAUAGCUCAAACACUUAAUCGUUUGAUUGAUAAUUCAAGGGUCUCUCAUCUUGGUUUGCUGAGGUUUAUAGGUUACUAUAUUGACAUGACCUAUUCCCGAUAUGGUUUCGUCUACCAUACACCUAUUGAUAAUUUCCCGUUUUUAAAACAGCCUUCUGAUACCAUCCAACCAAGGUCAUUGGUUUCCCUUCUUCACAACGGUGAUGAUAAACAGGAGGGCCCUAUCCCAAAUCUUGAAGAUCGAUUGGCCUUGGCAUACAAUCUGCUGUUGUCGGUUCUACAUCUACGCAGCCAAAACUUAGUCCAUGGCAGCAUCAACAGCAAUAACAUUAUGAUAUUCCCAGGCGUUCAUCUAUCCAAUACUGGGUCCAUUAGCAACGGGAGCUUGGACUACCGCCGACCUUACUUUACUUCAUUUAGCCAGUUUGACAGUGACGACAAAAAUGCCCCGCUGGAACCCUUGUCCUCGAGUAUGUAUCGCCACCCAGAGGACAGGAGAGCCUAUGGCGAUAAAUCAGCUUGGGCGUACGACCUAUACAGUCUUGGGCUGGUCCUACUAGAGAUUGGCCUCUGGACACCGAUCGGAAGGUUAUGGAAGCUGAAAUACAACAACUCUAUGUUCAAGUCCAGGAUUGAAAAUGUCUAUGUCAAGAAGCUAGCAGCUAAGUGCGGCGGCGCUUAUAUGCAAGUUGUCCAACUUUGCCUUGACGCUCCCAACUUCCAUUUGUUGCCGGAGCCAAUGGUCGAUUUAGGCCUUAGAAUUCCACAGACAUACCAUUACCCCUGGCAUGACCCAGGACAAUCAAAUGACUGGAACACAUUCUCGAAGGAUUUUGUUUAUACCAUUGGUAAAAUCCUUUGGAGAUGCUGUGGCAUUGAUUUCUUCUCCCCACCUCCAGCUUCUGACCUGGAAGACUCUCUCCCUCCCCCCUUGGGGCUUGGGCCAGAGUCAUCAUCAGUCCAGCAAAUCCCACAAAACGAAGGAGAUAUGUAUUUUAUGGAGCCAACCGUCUCAAUUGAUGUUCCAUAUGACAUCUCUGCCAAUCCAGACAUGAAAAACAUAGGCGAAAUGUGUGAAGGUAAUGAGAAAAAGGCCCGGAAACGUUCUAUGAAAAAGUGGUCAAAUGUGGAAAUACCUGACGAACACCUUCAGGCCUGGAAUAAGGCUUUGAUGCCGAAACUGAGCAAACUUCUACAAAAAAUCCUGAAAGACUCACCAGAAUCGUGCAGCGCAACACUCCUUGUUGCAGGUGAAACCGCAGAUACGGCUAAGACCACUAUAUGUGUCACAUGUACCAAUGUCAGAAAGGUCCGAGCAGCUCUGAAGAAGUACUUUGAGUACGACCGCGAAAACUGGAAUCUCAUUGUUAUUCGUGGAGAUAUCAAACGAUCAAAGGUCCCACGGAAGAAGCGUCGGAAGCCGAAGUUAAAUCAGGGCAUUAUAGCCCCAGAAACCUCAAAAUCUGACUUCAAUUCCUAUUACCAGAGCAAACCACUAUGCGGCGCUUCUAUUGGUGCCUUCCGCUACGAUGAACACUUGCCACCAGUUUCUUACGGUGGUGCAAUCAUUGUGGAUGAUGUACCGUAUGGGAUGACAGUCCACCAUAUGCUUGAUACUCCCUGUGAUGACGAUGAUGAUUACGAAGAUGACUACGAUUAUGGUGAUGAAGACUACCCUCCGCGCUCCGCAGCAAACUAUCCGUUCGGACCUGAGCGUACUGACCGCGAGACCUCAUUCACCUGGGGUGAGGCCAAUAUUCACGAAGACGGCUAUCCCUUAGAAUUCUCCGAUGACGAGGACGGUGACGACGACCAGUCUAUAGCACAUAGCCUUGAUGAAACAUUUGAUGACCACUGGCUCUCUGACAGCUACUCCAGUGACGAGGGGGACGAUUAUGGUGGCAUUGAUGAUGAUGAUGACACAGCUUCAAUUGGUGAUACUGUCGGUGUUGAUCCUGAUCAAGAACCUCGAAUCAUGGUAACACAACCUGCUCUCGACGAUAUUCAUGAAGAUUUUUUUCCCAAUCCCGAAGAUAGGGACGACGAACACCUUGCAUCCCAUUCCCUAGGCUAUGUCCAUGCCUCUUCCGGAGUCCGAAGGUGGACUAAAGAUGGCAUCAAACACGAAGUGGACUGGGCACUUAUCAAGGUCGAUCUUAACAGAAUGGAAGCCAAAAACCUGGUCCCAGUUUCAUCACUGCAGCCAAGUACUUCAAGACUGAAUCGGCGACAACCAUACAAUGGCAACAACGGAGCAAGAUCGUUCCGGACUCUAACCAAAAUUGCAAAAUUCGAUGACCUGGGCGGCCAGAACGUACAGUGUUGCGGCCGAACAAGUGGUUUCCAGAGUGGAAAGAUUUCCAAGGCUCUUACUCUGGUAAAGAUGUACGGUCGUCAAUCCUUCUCGACCAGCUUCAGUGUGGAUGGCAAUUUUGGAGUUCCUGGGGAUUCCGGUGCUUGGGUGUUCAAUGACAAAGGCCAGGUAUGUGGCCACGUCCUUGCAUGGUCUGAAAAGAGUCGAAGUGCCUACAUUGCACCUAUGGAGAUUCUUCUCAACGACAUCGCUCGUACGCUUUGCGCAUUCAGUGUGAAGCUCCCCGAUGGGGAUGAAGAGAUAUGCUAUCGUGACAGCUCGCCGCCGCCACCGUUGCGAGGAAUUCCUCCUCCGAUGCUCUCUGUUCACGCAACGCAGCCCCUUUCGUCGCCAGCUCCGGUGAUGGCUGAACGCCUUCCAGUUGAUUUGCAAAAGCUGACUCUUGACCUGGAAGAACCGCCACGCAACAAUUCACGAAUUGGGAGUGUGAAGAAGAAAGAUGUUUCAGGGACGUAUAGAGCUCGCAGUCCCCUCAUGCCGCAUGCCUGCAUGGAGCGACAGAUCGCUUGA